CGUACUCCUUAGAUUAGCCAGGCUCAGGUGUGUGUCUGUUGUCGGUGGUUUUUUUGGUGUCCGGUGAUAUAAACGUAUAAACGAGGAAGUGCGCAUUCCAGCAUCAGCAUCAGCAUUCUGGACCAGUUUUCGCUUGCCGAUCUCAAGUGCAAUCAUGAUGCUGAUGUGUCUGCUUAUAAGCGCUCUCGCUAUUGCGAAUGGAUAUCCACAAUAUACGCAAUCUUCGGAAGACCAAAUUGCUGCAGCAACCGACCAACAUGACGACGAUUCAGAUAUGUAUAUGGAAGCAAUAGAACAUGCACCUUCCACCAGUGUUGUUCAACCAGGUGGUUCAGAUUCGGAUGGUUACGUGGGUGAUAGCCAACAGUUCUAUCCAUCAUUUGCACCCUUCCAUAACCAACCAUUGGGACAUUCAAGACCUGUCUAUCAACCGGAAGCAGCGUACAGCCACAGACCCACUGCUUAUCAACAACACGUCGGGUUUGAUUCCACUGCGAGAUUCAGUGGGUACAAAGGUGAAAACGCUAACACCGGAUCGGCUGAUACUCAUGGUAUACUCGGAAGUGGUAACUUUGGUGUGAUUCGUGGGGGUACCUUCUAUGGAGACAACGAUGAUGCUGAUUCCUUUGACCAAUACAACUAUUACAAUGGUCAUGGUAGACCUUCGUUUUACUUUGGUGGUAACCCACGUCCCCGACAAUACCAACAGUUUGAAAACUUCAGAGACUUUGCUGAUAUUAACGUGCCUACCAACCCAGCAUACUCCCAGUAUGUUGUUGUGUAUGCAAACAAAAACGGAAGCAAACCAACUGUUGGUGUUCAUAGUAACAAACCCAAAAACAUCAUGGAACACCUUGCACUGAUAGAUUUGGAAACUCAACAUGGUAGCACCACUCCAGUGCCUGAAAAGAUCUCAAAAGCCAAGAGGAAGUUAGCCAAAGUUCCCAAGGAGAAGAAACCUUGGACCAAGAAAGGAAAAACUUCCAAGGAUGCAAAAACACAGAUCCCCAAAGAAAACCCAACGACGACAACCACGAUAUCACCGGAUCUGUAUGAACCACUAUUGGCACUGAGCUGAAUUACAAAUUUAAGGGUUAAGCCAGGUGUAUUUAAGUGAUAGGUCUUCAUGAGGAGACCUGACUAUACAAUCGGACUGCUACUUGAGUGCUUGUGAUCUGUGAAACGCGAUGAUACAAAGCAGCAAGUAGAUUAAUGUAAUUUAUAGGUUAGAAAUGCAAAACUCCACUCCGGAGUUUGAACCAGUUACCAGUAAUAGAUAUAAUAGUUACGGGUAUGACAAAAUUCACACCGAAAAUAUUCUUGCGCAUCGUGUUAAGUAAUACAAUCAAAUAGAAAGUGUACAUAACAUCAAACUGCCGCAAAAUUUCAAUAAAAAACCCAAAAUAUAA